CCCUUGGCUCUCUCGCUUGUAGCCAUGGGUUGCAUCCAAAGCAUCGCCUGUAAGUCUCGUAUCAAACGCGAGAAUAUAGUUGUCUAUGAUGUUUUGGCAACCAUAGACCACACUCCGACAGUGAUUGAGGAGAACUCUCCUAUAGUGCUGCGCUACAAAACGCCGUAUUUCAAGGCCUCAGCUCGGGUUGUGAUGCCUCCGAUCCCCAGGAACGAGACCUGGGUUGUUGGUUGGAUUCAAGCGUGCACACAGAUGGAAUUUUACAACACUUAUGGGGACAUUGGCAUGUCUAGCUGGGAGCUUCCCGAGCUGCGUGAAGGUCUGGUGCGAGCCAUCAGCGACUCAGACGGCGUCAGCUACCCUUGGUACGGCAACACCACAGAGACAGUGACGCUAGCCGGUCCCACAGCCAAACCAUCGCGCUUCACCGUCAGCAUGAACGACAACUUCUACCCCAGCGUGACCUGGGCCGUGCCCGUAAGUGACAGCAACGUGCCGCUGCUCACGCACAUCAAGCGGGACCAGAGCUUCACCACCUGGCUAGUGGCGCUCAAUGCCGGCACCCGCGAGAAAAUCCUGCUACAGACUAUCAAGUGGCGUAUGAGGGUGGACAUUACUGUUGACCCCUCCAAGCCCCUGGGCUCUCGGGCGCGUCUCAUAGGCCGGCCACAUCAGGACCAACCACGGGUCCUCACCCGGAUGGAGCCCAUCCCGCCUAACGCCAUGGGCCGGCCGAAUGCAAACGACGCUCAGGUGCUGAUGUGGAGACCGAAGAGAGGGCCGCCACUGGUGGUGAUACCCUCCAAAUGAACCGCGGGAGGUGGGAUAAAACCAGGAAGAGCCUUGAAAAGAGACCUUUUUUGACUUGGGAGGCCAGGCGACAGAGGGCAACUGCCUUAAAUCCACACUACUGCCUUCAAACCUUACAGGCCACCUGGGUACUAGUGACAUUCAAAAUAGGACCACUGCCUUAAAAUCUCUUCCUGGGAGCCCAAAGUGCUCUUGAACUGCACACGCUGAUUGUGAGUGGACAUAAUUGACUGCCUUGCACAAAUGUGGCUAAAUGUGGGAUAGCAUUCAAAUCAACUUGGCCACUGCUGCAAGGCAGUCAGCACACAGAGAAUAAUUGGCCAGUAAAGAUCGAUUGGGAUAGCGUCAUGCUAUUAAAUUUGAUGAUGGUUAGAUCAUAAUGGGAUAGACUUAUUUUAAAUCAGAUUGCCACUGGGUCAAAGACAUACUUCUAGUAUUCAAAAAGACAUCCAGGAAAAAAGGCCUGUUUAUCCCUGAACAUAUAUUCUCAAGAUACCACAUACAGCAUUUGAAAGAUGUUUUAGGCUUUGAAGUCCACAGGUAGCUAGUGGAAGGCAGCUAUUCUGGCGCUUACAUAUGAUCUCACCUGGGAGGUGCACAUGACUGAGGAAGGGGAAGUAAGGUGCACUGAGAGAAAGGGAAUAGUCCCCUCACUCCUUAUUAUUGAGCUGGCUGCAGACAAGCCAAAAGACACACACAGAGACACACACACACACAAACACAUCUUGGUGUCAACCAUCAGGAUUACUUAUCAUUCAAACCUGCACAAUAAAACAAAGGGGGAAAUGUAUGUAUCAGUCAUUUCUAUACGGUUGGAGAUUUACACAGAGCAGAUGUCGGAUUGUGUGUGUGUAUGAACAGUCCCUUGAAGUACAUGUAUCAAAGCAGUUGGGUUUCAGGCACCUCAAACCUCCUUUAAAAAAAUGGAUGUUGGGAUAAAUGUUUUUUUU